GGCUGGGGGGUGACCAUGGAACGCCAGGGGCGACUGUUCAACUGCCAUGUGGGGUUAACGCCUGAUUUAUUCCAGAGGCAGCGAGAGGAGGGGCUGAGCCUGGGGCUGAUCAGCAUGUGACCCUCCUGAACCAGCUGGCCCCAGAAGUUAGCAAGGGGGAUCAAAGAAUCUCCCAGAGGGCCUACUAGAGACCAACUUAAAUAACGUCUCUUCCCACCCCCUUCACCCUGGACUGAAUCCCCCACUUCUCCUGAGAACUGUGGGGCCAGGGUGACGAUGGGGGAUGUCAGGCCAGGGUAGGGCUCGGAUCCCACUGCAAGAGGAGAUGAUGGCUUUCUGAGGAAGAGCGAGGUGUGGAUAUCCAUGAGACUCCCAUACUAGGAAAGGUUUGCCAAUAGGGAGAAGGUCACGGGGUGUGGGGCACCGUUGGGAAGGGCAGAAAAUAAAGAAGAAGGGACGCUCAGUUACUGGGGGAUCUGCUAUUAAUUUCAAUAACAUCUAAAUACCUUUGGAGAUGUGAUCCAACGAGCCUGCAUUGAGAAGCACUAAAGAAAGUUGUCCUAUAUAGGCAGCUCUGCAUUCAGAGCAGCUUUCUGCCUCAUUACAUUUCCCCAUCUUUCUCCCAGGAGUUGAGUUCCUCCAAAGAUCUGGGAUACUCUUUACAGCUCCACUUCUCUUGGGAUCUCAGAGCUUCUUCAGCCAGUUGGAAUCUGCCAGUGCAAAGAACACAUCCAUUUUCAUCUCAAUGGAUUUCCAGAAGAAGAGACAGUCUCCACAGCGCCUAUCCGGUGCAGAUGGGGCCCAAUUCCAUAUCCACCAGGCAGAGCAGAUCAGAAUCUGUGACCGCUUCCUCCUAGGAAACUGUGUGGAAGGAGCGGGCUGUCCACUCCACCACACCCGCUACCCCUACCAUUGGCAGUUAAGGCGGAGUGACAACAAGGCCUGGCAGAAUUUGAGUGACUCAGCUCAGCGCCACCUGGAAAAUCUUUACUGCAAUGUUACCAAAAGCCAUGCUCAUUUUUUGGACAACAAUAAUUCUUCUGGGAAACUUGCCCUGACUUCCUUGGAAGUGAUAACCUCUGAGACCUAUGACAAAGUGAGGCGUCUUUCCAAUACCUGCGAUUCACAGCAGAACCCCUAUUUCCCCACACAGUGGUCAGUGUUUUGGGAAAAUGGUAAUAAAUGGAUAAAAUAUGAGGAGCCCAUCUUCAGUGAUCUACUCUCUGCCUUUGAGGAGGACAAGGAAUUCUACAACUUUGAGUUCCGGGGCAAGCACUACGGUGUGGAUUUGAAGAAGUUUGUGCAAUGUAACGUGGAACAGGGAUACAUUCGCCACAUCCAGCGCCGACCUUCCUGCCGAUCAUUCCUCACUAUGGUGCCAUACCUGCAGACAAUCUCAAGUAAAGGCAUGACAGCCUCCUAUCCUACUGAUGACAUCCUUGGGGAAGAUCCCAUGGAUGGUUAUCAUGGUCCAUACCCUGCUGCCUGGAUUCCAAAGCCAACAAUUGAUCAAGCUUUCCUGCAAAUGGAAGUGGUACCAUCAGAAGCUGCAUACCGCUCAAUUUGUGUUCUCUUCCACCAGUCUCUUCCAGAAGAUGAGAUCCUGGUGCUGACAAUUUACAGGAUCCGGAAUGACGAUCUCUGGCAAAGAUAUGCUAACCGGAAGAAAUUCAUGUCUUGGGGAAGAACAAAACUUGAGAAACAACAUCUGGAGAAGCACCUUUUCUUUGGCACCUCAGCCAGAAAUGUGGAGUCCAUCUGCAAGACAAACUUCAGCCAGCUCCUCCCAAAACAGCACAGCCACAUCUUCGGCCAGGGCAUUUAUUUCUCAUUGAGAGCAGAUUAUUCUCAUAGAUACUCCCAUCCAGAGAAAGGUGGGAUGCGUUGUAUGUUCCUGGCCAAGGUUUUGGUGGGCAAGACUGUGGCUGGGAGAGCACAUUACCGCCGGCCUCCAGAACAAGAGCCUGGUGGGCAACUCUAUGAUUCAUGUGUCAAUAGUGUGACCAAGCCCCAGGUGUAUGUGGUCUUUGAUAACUUCCAGUGCUACCCCUACUUUCUUAUCCAUUACAAACUCCUCUCUGACCCCGUGGUGCUGUACAGCUCAUAGCACAAGGAAUAGGGGCUUUUCUGCUCCCUCUGAAUCAUCCCCGCACGAGGACUUCUCCCAUGAGAGUGUGAAAGGGCUCGUUUUAGGCCUUCACAUUCCUUUGACCUACACUCCUUGUAUAGGAAUUUUCAAAAAGUUCCUGGGCAUACAGAGUGCUGUCUGCAAAUACGUGUAAUCUAGGUUUUUCAAAGAUGCCUCAGGGAAUUAGGCAUCCAACUUCCAUUGAAUUAGAAUGGGAAUUUGGUACCAAUGGGAGUUGGAUACCAAACUCUUAGAAUGGGAUUUUCAGAGGAUCCUUAAUCCUUUCAGUACACGAGAAAACAUUCCUAACUAAUUUCCUCCACCACCUCCUUGUAUUCUCACUGAUCAUCCCCUCCAUUCUUUCCCCAUGUCCACUUUUACCAGUCUCUGACAUUAUCCUGGUCACCUCCAACUCAUUUCACCAUCCAUCUAAAUAAGAAUGGCUGUUUAAGAUGUCCCCUCUGGAUUCUGCUAAAAACCAUUGUGUACAUUGCCAGAAGGAGGCACUGUUGCAUGAAAGGAAGUUGUUCUUUCUCACCCUGCUCUCUAGUCUAGAGGGUCUUGUGGACCAUGAUGUUCUCAAAUACACCGAAAAUACCACUCUUCUGUUUCUGUGAAAUAUUAACACCUGCCUCUCUCUAAAACCACUCCUCCUUCUGUCAAUAAUGACUACAUGCAGCCAGCUCUCAAUAUAAAUAUUGGAGGUGGGAUUGCUAACUGUUCUUGUAUUAAAUACUUAUUUCAAUUAUUGUUACUGUAAUAGCUUUAUUUGUUGGGAAAGGGUUUUCUUGAAUGAUUAAAACUAGAGAAGUGUUAAUAGGUAAUUUACAAAAUGUACAUGUAAUUAACUUCUGAAUCUGAUGGAGGGAGUCCACAGUCUUAGGAUGUCAGGGUUUUUAGUGGAUCAGGAUUUGCUCUGGGCAAAAGUGUCUUACACCCUCCCAUCCUCCCGCCUUACUGCUGGAAAACCUCAUGUUUCUCUCACAUUGGCCCCUCCUCCCUGAUCCAUAAUACCUAUAAAAGCAGUUGGUCUCCAGAAGCUCCUCACACAGUUUUUGCUGUUAAAUACCUACAUGGUUUUAGCUAGAAGCUGGGGAAGGUACUGUCCAUUUUUUUGUGGGUUCACCUCAUUGCAAUAGCCUUCUGCUAGUGCUCAGUCAGGGCCAGAUUCUGAUGCCCUUUACCCAUGGUAUGAACCUGGUCCUUGUUCUAUCACUUCAGUGGGAUUAAUUGUGGAUUAAGGCACGUAAUGGUUAUUUCCUAAUCUGAUCUCCUGUAUAAUACAAGCCAUGGGCAUUCCUCAUACUAAUUCCUCCUUCAACUCCAAUUGCUGUGAUGGAACAAGAAGCAUGUAUCUUAGAAAAAUAUCUAGUUUUUCAUAUAUUUUGUAAAUAUUUUAAAAUAGCUAGUGAUGGAGACUCCACCACAACUGUUGGUUACUUGUUGGGUUACUUUCUUUGCUACUUGAUCACUUGUUCCAAUAUUUUCCUCAGCAUUAAAAAAAUUACACCUUAUUUCUAGCUUGAAUUU